CCGCCGCAGGUGGCCAUCCGGGAGGCCUACGAGGCCGGGCUGCUGGGGCGGGAUGCCUGCGGCUCCGGCUACGCCUUCGACGUCUUCGUGGUGAGGGGCGCCGGAGCCUACAUCUGCGGGGAGGAGACGGCGCUGAUCGAGUCCAUCGAGGGCAAGCAGGGCAAGCCGCGCCUGAAGCCGCCCUUCCCCGCCGACGUGGGUGUCUUCGGUUGCCCCACCACGGUGGCCAACGUGGAGACGGUGGCGGUGGCCCCCACCAUCUGCCGGCGGGGCGGCGCCUGGUUCGCCGGCUUCGGGCGGGAGCGCAACUCGGGGACGAAACUCUUCAACAUCUCGGGUCACGUCAACAACCCCUGCACCGUGGAGGAGGAGAUGUCGGUGCCGCUGAAGGAGCUCAUCGAGAAGCACGCCGGGGGUGUCCGCGGGGGCUGGGACAACCUGCUGGCCGUCAUCCCGGGGGGCUCCUCCACGCCGCUGCUCCCCAAGUCGGUGUGCGAGACCGUGCUGAUGGACUUCGACGCCCUGGUGCAGGCGCAGAGCGGGCUCGGCACGGCCGCCGUCAUCGUCAUGGACAAAUCGACCGACGUCGUUAAAGCCAUCGCUCGCCUCAUCGAGUUUUACAAGCACGAGAGUUGCGGGCAGUGCACCCCGUGCCGGGAAGGCGUCGACUGGAUGAACAAGGUCAUGGCGCGCUUCGUGCAGGGCAACGCGCAGGCGGCCGAGAUCGACGCGCUGUGGGAGAUCAGCAAGCAGAUCGAGGGCCACACCAUCUGCGCCCUGGGGGACGGCGCGGCCUGGCCUGUGCAGGGGCUCAUCCGUCACUUCCGACCGGAGCUGGAGGAGAGGAUGCGGCGCUACGGGGAGGCCAAAGCCCGAGCGGCGGCAGCAGGAGGAGCCGGCGGC